AUGAGUUCUAAUGCAUUUGAAGGACUCGGGGAAACGUUAAAAGAAUUGCAUCUGGCUCACAAUAAAAUUAAAAAGAUGCCAAAGUCUAUGUUAAAUAAGUUAGGUGAAUUGAGGGUACUGCAUCUUUGGGCCAAUUCCAUUGACGAGUUUCCACUUCGCUAUUUUCAGUUUUGUCGUAAUUUGCAGGAAUUAAUUUUGUGGGGUAAUGAGCUGAAAAUUAUAACGGAGAGCACGUUCGAUGGACUCUGGAAUUUAAAAAAGCUUGAUCUCGAUAGAAAUAGGAUCGAAGCUGUGGAAAAAGAUGCUUUCCGUCAUCUUUGGAAUUUAGAAAUUCUUCAUUUAGGGGAAAAUAAGUUAAUGUAUUUGACUGAAGGUAUGUUCACUCAUUUGACAAAAUUGAAAGUUUUAAAUCUUGAUCACAAUCGCAUCACUCUUGUUCACCAAAAUGCAUUUUCUGAUCUAGGUAGCUUAAUAAGUCUUUCAUUGGACAACAAUUAUAUUUCACUUUUGUCUGGCGAAACGUUCACAAAUUUAAGGAAUCUUACAAUGAUUUUUUUACACAGAAAU